UCCCGCAGCAGACCAUCCUCUGCUGGGUCCGGUCCUCCGAGGCACUGGGGGCUUGUUUUCAUUCAGGUGGACGGAAUUCAGGUUUUUUUGUAUAUUCCCAUUCCGUGGCGUUGAGAUCCAGCAUGUCCGCUUGGCUCUGUGAGCUCUCACCCCCCCGGAGGCUCCACACGGCAGCGGCGGACACACACACUUGUUGUAGCCGAGCUGAGGAGCAACUUUCUCGGGCUGUCCGAUGCUAAGCUAACCCACUAGCCUCAAGUCUGAAGUUUGUCUUCAGUUAAAAGUUUGCAAACGUUUUACGGGAACUUCCCACUUCGGGAUUCGCUUAUCGUACGAGUUUUUCCGGGGAGCUUCGACAGAGUGAGCUGCCCCCUCGGAGCCUCUCUGGUCCCGGGGCAGUGCGGGGCAGGUGCACCUCCUCCGGCACCUGCGGUAACUUAGCCCCCUCCGCACCGAGCUAACUUUAGCCUGUUGCUCGCUAGCCUGACGCACAUGAACACUUUGUUGUUAAACUCUGCUUCUCUCGUCGCGGACAUAUUGAGAGUUUGAAGACGUCGUGUGGGGAGUUUCAGUGUCAGUGGUGACACUCGCUGGAAGCUCUCCCGGCUCCCCGCAGCCCCGCUAUCCCGGGCUCGACCCUCACUCUUCCCCCGGAGUGGGGACGUGGAUGCAGGCUUGAGGACGCGGUCUCCCGCAGGACUUUGGACACUUUGGUGUGACGCUGCGCCGGGACGUCCCCUCUCCUCUCAGCCUCGUACAUGUGACAGCAUGCGGAUUUCAAGAAGAAGUCACCUCUCAACCUUUUAGAGUUUUCAGUUUCAUUUUUUUUUUUUUUUUGUUCUAAAAAGCUCUGCACCCUAUGGUGCCGCUACGGCCCCCGAGAAAUGGAUGUCUCGCAGGCCGCUUUCCCAAACGGUGAAGGGCGGCCGGGCGGCGGCGAGGAGACCGGGGAGCAUGCCUGGACAGAUUCCCCCACGGUCCGGGCCUGGGCUCACUCGGCCCCGCUGUGCCCGACCCGGUCCCUGUGGACGGCCGCGUACGACUACGAGGGAAGCGGCGAGGACGAGCUCAGCCUCCAGCGAGGGGACGUGGUGGAGGUGCUGUCCAAGGAUGCAGCGAUCUCCGGGGACGAGGGCUGGUGGACCGGGAAAAUCAACCACCGGGUCGGGAUCUUCCCCUCGAACUAUGUCACCUAUCAACCCGCUGUUUACCGGCUCCCCGGCGCGAGUGGCUCGGAGGGGACCGAAGAGCAGGUGCCGAGCUCGCCCUUCCAGAUCCCAUUCAGUGAACUGGUGCUAGAGGAGAUUAUUGGCGUGGGUGGAUUUGGCAAAGUGUACCGGGGCACAUGGAACGAUCAGGAGGUGGCCGUGAAGGCGGCUCGGCAAGACCCGGACGAGGACAUUACCGCCACCUCCUGCAGUGUGAAACAGGAGGCCAAGCUGUUCUCCAUGCUGCAGCAUCCCAACAUUAUCAAGCUGGAGGGAGUGUGCCUGGAGGAGCCCAACCUGUGCCUGGUCAUGGAGUACGCCCGUGGCGGGACCCUGAACCGGGUGCUGACAGGAAGGCGCAUCCCUCCUCACAUCCUGGUCAACUGGGCCGUGCAGAUCGCACGCGGGAUGCACUACCUCCACGAGGAGGCCGUGGUGCCCAUAAUCCACCGGGACCUGAAGUCCAGCAACAUUUUAUUACUUGAAACGAUCGAGAAUGACGAUAUCGGGAGGAAGACCUUGAAGAUCACAGAUUUUGGUCUGGCCAGGGAGUGGCACAACACCACAAAAAUGUCAGCUGCAGGCACCUACUCCUGGAUGGCCCCCGAGGUCAUCAAGUCUUCUCUGUUCUCCAAAGGCAGUGACGUCUGGGGCUAUGGAGUCUUGCUGUGGGAGCUGUUAACGGGGGAGGUACCGUACCGAGGGAUAGACGGCCUGGCUGUAGCUUACGGCGUGGCAGUCAACAAGUUAACUCUACCAAUCCCCUCCACCUGCCCCGAACCCUUCGCCAAGCUCAUGGAAGAGUGUUGGGACCAGGACCCCCAUGUGCGUCCCUCCUUCUCCUGCAUCCUGGAGCAGCUGUCGGCCAUCGAGGAGGCGGUGAUGGCCACCAUGCCCCAGGACUCCUUUCACAGCAUGCAGGACGACUGGCGUGUGGAGAUCCAGGAGAUGUUUGAUGAGCUCAGGACCAAAGAAAAGGAGCUGCGUUCCCGGGAAGAGGAGCUGACGCGAGCUGCCCUCCAGCAGAAGUCUCAGGAGGAGCUGCUGAAGCGCCGGGAGCAGCAGCUGGCCGAGAGGGAGAUCAACGUGCUGGAGAGGGAGCUCAACAUCCUCAUAUUCCAGCUCAACAAAGACAAGCCCAACGUGAAGAAGAGGAAGGGCAAAUUCAAACGCUCCCGCCUCAAACUGAAGGAUGGGAACCGCAUCAGCCUGCCCUCAGACUUCCAGCAUAAGAUCACAGUGCAGGCGUCACCUUCUAUGGACAAGAGGCGGAGCCUUCAUAGCACCAGCUCCUCCCCUCCCAGCAGUCCAACGCUAAUCCCUCGGCUACGAGCCAUUCAGCUCACUCAGGAUGAGAGUAACCGUACAUGGGGCCGCAGCACCCUCUUCAGGCCGGAGGAAUUUGAUGACGUGAAGAAGGGAAUCAAGAAGAAGGGAAGAACCUGGGGCCCCAGUUCAAUACAGAGCAAAGAAAGGCCUGCUGCUGCUGAGAGGGUGCGUCCCCUGUCAGACGGCAGUAACCCCUGGUCCACCAGCCUGGUGAAGUCCCAGAAGUCUGUCCCUCUCGCUGCCCUGUUUGCAGAACAAGCAGGAGCCGGUAAAGAUGAGGCCUUCCCCCAGGACAGUUCCGACAGCAGCUCCAAACCAAAGCAGCUCAAGUUCCCCAACCAGGUGUACAUCGAUCUACCUCUGUGGAGGGACGAGCAGCAGCCUCAGAGCCCAGGGGGCCACGGUGGGCCUGGGGACUCCGGGGUCGGGGCAGCCGGUCAGACUGGCCCUGCAGAAACCCCAGACGACCCCAAUACCACCACAUCCACCUCGUCCACUUCCACCACCCCCCAGCUCACCCCGACCAACAGUCUGAAGCGGACGUCAACUCGCCGCAAGACCGACUCGGUGUUGUACGGCUGCGGCUCGCUGCUGGCGUCGGUCGUGCUCGGCUACGACAUCAGGGAGGCUCUCAAAAACUCGUCCCCUUGUGAGGAUUGCGAGCCCCAACGCGAGGAGAAAGAGAAGAAGAAGAAGGAGGGCCUGUUUCAGCGUGCCACACGGUUCCGACGCAGCACCUCGCCGCCGAGCGGUCGCGUCCGCAAAGAGGAGGUGACGCCAAACCACACCUGCACCCAACCCGUCAAUCUCAUCUCCAUGUCGGCCAUUAUGGAAUGCACCUCCACCAAGUGUCUCCUGCAGUCGGAGGUGGAUGUGUCGGAGUCGAGCCCUGGGAAAGUUGAGCUGGUGACCGUUAAUAAUCACACAGAGCCAGUAACCACCAGCCCAGCAGCUACAGACGGACAGACUGACAGGACUCCAGCUAAAACACAGACGCCAGUGAAAACCCAAAGUCCGCCGCAGGAUCCGAACAACCACAACACAGGGACACGGCUACGCAGAAAGAAAUACAACAACAACCACACCAAUGGUCCAGCCUCUCUGCCUCCUCCCACCCCACAGAAGAAGGAGGGAGCUCCAGAGAAGCCCCCCGGCGGGGAGGUGUUCUCCAGGCAGCGGCCGGUCUCUUUCCGGGCCAAACCCCACGCCUGGGCCCUGCUGCGAGGACGCAACAAGAGCUACUCCCUGGGCCACUACUCCGGAGAGAAGGCGGUAAAAAACCUCACCAUGGUGUUGUCGUCGGAGGUGGGGGUGGGGGUGGGCUGCUCCCUGCUGGACAUGGACACAGAGGGGCAGAAACGAGACUGCACCGUGCCGCUCUGCCGCAUUCAGAGUUCCCCGGCCCGGCCCUCCGUCUUCGAGCUGGAGAAGGAGUUCCUCUCUUAGAAGAAGUGAUCUGCCGUGGUCCUAGUUCCAGAACAUGCAGAAUUUUGGCCUUGAACUCCUGGAGGGUUAAGAACCAGGCUGCCUUAAAAAAACAACAACUUCUAUAACUUAGAACCAAGCUUUGUCUUAGGUCUAGAACAUAGUGAUGUCAGUGUUCCAGAGCACAACCAAGUCUUAGGCUGUGUCUCAGUUUAGGGGGUCGCAACCUUUGGAGGAUCCAGUCUGCACAGACCAUGCCAAGGCAAAGCUGGAUGGAAAUGUCUGAUCUCUGGAAGAUUUCUUCUCUGCGUCCCCAGCUCCACUUUGAGCUGCUGCAGCUCACCCACCAGCUUGUUAGCUUCAUUAGCUCAGCUGGCCCGAGAGGGAUCCUCCUGUUUUCUCCUUCGUUGCUCAGGAGUUGAAGGACGCAUCUGUCGAAAUAGGAGAAAACCUCCGCUGUGAUUCGAUAGAUCUUCAAUUGCAGAUUCCGGAGGACGCUGCCCCUGAAUUAAGACACAGCUUGAGACAUGUAGAGGACAUCUGUGUCCCAGGAGCUCUGGACGGUGCACCCUUAUCUCAAUGGGAGAAAGGCCUUACAAACCGCUGUGUCUCAUUCAACAUCACACACACAAACACACACAUUUAGUGCUGAAACCUGAGUGGUACGUUCCAGAGCUGGACCAGCAGCUCGACUGCCACCUUCAUCAGCUCAUUUCUCUCUCCUCCUUCGUCUUCCUCUUCCUCUCUCGUUCUGUCGGUGCAGCUAAACGUUGACCGCCGCUGCAGCUUUUUUGCAACACAGUACCCUCACCUUUUUAUUUAUAUAUAUAUUUUUAUAGGUAAUUUAAUAUGAAAAGACUUGACCUUACCUUAGCAACCAGCAGGAUGUACAUUCCAUGUCAGUUUCAAAGUUGUGCGAUCACGCUUUUUAGAUACUUUUUUUUUUGGGACUUGAGAAUAUUGCAUGCGUGUACCCUUAAAAUGUUGAACAAAAAAAAUAAUUAUGCCUUGUUUGUAAAUAUUUCUUUUUAUCCAUUAUCAGCCUAAUGCUGACAGUUGUUUUGUAUUGCAUAUAUGCUGUUGUGUGAGUAACGUGCUGGAUCGUAGCAGGGACGUUUCCUUUAGAGAAGCAGGGAGGAAAAACACUGGAAGUCCUUCAAAGCCGAUUUGGAGUUUUUCCACGAAAAAGUUGGAUUCAGUUUUCAAAUGGCACGUUGUGGUCAUGUGUAGCUAAUAUUGACUUUUGUAAGAGUAUUUAUAGAAAGGUUUCUUUGGUUAAUAUUUCAUAUACACACUCUGCAUCAGGGCGGCUGGCAGAGGCUCUGAUGACACGUCAGCCAUGAAUGCUGAUGUCAGGAAAAAGCUGCAGCGAAUUACAGAAUUGAUAAUGUGAUCCCUGCAAGGACAGCUGAUUGGCUGGAGCUGCAGUGACACAGCAUGACAUCCUCUUUAAGCUGUGGAUGGAUUAGCACAGAGCCCGGGAGCGGUCUCACUGAAGACCACGUUGACUUUGAUGCACAACUCGACAGAACUUGUACUGUAAACAGAGUCAAAUGUGCCUUCAAGUACUGAAGAAUGUCUCAAUCUAAAAUCCACAUCCUCUCCUUUAUGAUCAGAAUUUUGUAAUUUAUGCAAACAAGUCGUUAAAUUUAACUUCAUCACUCAGCAUUUACGAUGAUACCCCCCAUCACCGUUAUUCGUGUAAAACCUUUUAAUUACACCGUGAACGUUUACCUGGUUUGACAUAAAGCUGAGUCAGGUUUUUACCUUUUAUUUCUGUUUCUACUUGUUUUAUGUAACAUUAGCUAAACGGUGUCCCAGUGAAAGAACAUGUAUUAUUUUAGUCAAGCUCAGGAAAGUCUGGAGAUGGAUUUAAAGGAUGAGAUUUCAGAAUUCAGUUGAGGACAUUUUAACUUUUCACUAUCGUACUGUAAACUUAGAGCCUGUUUGUUUGGCUCAUCAGAAGUUGUUUUUCCAGACCUCAGUGAAUUUGAUGAUGUGACGUUCUUACUAUGCAGAAUAUUUACUGAACCUUCUUCCAUGGUCACUCCCGGGCUCUCUCUCUCUUUUAAAAAGUUUGAACAAAUGAACCCAUCCUUAAAUGGGUGACGAUUCUACCCCCCCACCCCCUCAGCUUUUUAUCUCUGCCUCCCUCGUCUGUUAAGAAAACGUGUUCUACCUUUGAAGGAACAAAACAAGGGCUCAUUAACAUGAAGACAUGAAUUCCUGAAUGGUGUAAAUAUAAAUGUGAUUCCUGAUGUGUGUGUGUUUAUAUCACUGUGGCAUCUUAUGAUGAUGUAGAAUGUGAAGUUUCUGUACUUUGUGACAACAGACUUUAAAAACCAGGUCCAUCACUGUAAAGGCCUUACGAAUAAUCAGGUGCAGUUUACAAGUCGAGAUAUCUGGAUUCUACCCGCUUAUCUUUUUAAAGAACGAAGGGUUUCUGUAAAAACCACAAUGCACUGGUACUGUACAUUCCCCUUUUGAAAUACUGUGUUUCACUCUGGAGCUGAAGUCUGCGGUUUGUCGUCCAGUCGGAAACUUUGCUCGGCUGGUGGCGAACAAACAGGGUUUUGUCUGUUACAGUCAAAAAUCAACUUGACGAACCCAAACAAGAAAACAUUCCACUGCUGUUGACAAACUGCAGCGAUAUUAUCUGUGAAAGCAGAAAUCCAUACGGUGCAUUCAGGGUUUCUGGCUACGGGACCAAAUUCCACUGUUCCAGCGCUGAGGCCUUUGCGUCUUCAGGACCAAAACCACUAAAUGAACUAGCUGCUAGUGCGGAGUUCUUGCAAAGAAGAGUUCUCCGCAUGAAAAACGUCACACUUGACCUCAGAGGUGCAGUUACAGAGCUUCUGCUGCAGAGACCCAUCAUCACCGUCUGAUCAAAUCAUGUGACUUCCUGUUAAAAUGCAACACUUCCUGUCAAGUCGCUGAACGCGUGUUUCGGUGAAUCGUUCUUAUCACUACAGUAUUGGCUGUUUCAUGCCUGAUUGAUCAAGAGUAUCAAGUUUGUCAACAUUUUGAAUAAAGUCUAAAUCAAUGCUA